AGCGCCAGAGCGGAAGUAUCGGCAACACUGUAUCGAGAGUCGUGACCUUAAACCGACAAACCGUCAAAAUAAAAGCUGGAACGCGCGCGAAGCGCAGUUAUGCGCAGGCAGCGACAGGGAGUUUUUUCUUCCAGUUUGCGCCGGACUCGCUUCGCGGUUAGGUCGAGUUUUUUGUGUUGGAUAAAAAAGUUGAUCGAUUGACGAAUUAAAUAACGCGAAGCAUUCGUGUUGCUAGACAAACUGUACCGAGAUAAGAUAAGUACAUUAGUGUAAAAUUCCGUCUGAACGGACAAUGAUGACGCAUGAUAAUCGUCCACAGACUGAUCAGCGUAGGGUACAUCCGUAUAAGCAUCGAACACGUGCCCAAGAGCAAUAUUGACUCUUCGUCCAGCAUCGCUACGGAUAGCCGAAACACAAUCGGACUCGGCGCGGCGCAUGUGUACGAAUCGGAUAAAUUACGGUGCAAUCAGUCGUCAAUUGCCUACAUCCGUCGGAGCGGACUCGAGAUUCCCCGUUCAGUUCGCCUCUCGUUGUCGGUCGACGCGCGCGCGCGCGCAGCGGCCUCUUCUUCGCAAAAGGAGCAAAAAAGCAGCGGUGAACCCGCGCACGCACGCGGAGGUAAAAGGGCGGCCAAUGUAAACUUUCGCUCGCUCGCUCUGGAUACGAACGCGGUGCGUAUGAUGCGGAGCCUCCGUCAGAAGAGCUGUUUUUGCCUCUUGAUCGGCGUUGUCCACUUAUUGACCCAGUUUCAGGUAUCGGGUCACCCGCGGCCGCAGCAGGUCGAGGAGGCGGUGGCCGGGGUCUUCGACGCGGCGCGGCAGACGGUGACGGACGCGGUGGGCGUGGCCCAGGGCGCAGUGAACACGGCGAUCGACGCCGCCAAGAAUGGCGUCAUCAACGAGAUCACGACCGUCCAGGAGGCCGCGCGACUCGGCCUCGACACCGGACGCAACGUCAUCCAGUUCGGCGCCAACGCCGUCAUCAGGAUGCUCGGCGGCGGCGGCGGUCAAUGAGAAAUUGUAGAAAACUCGCCUUCACCAAUAAAGAGCUUCUCUCCUUUGCAAA